CAAUUGAAAGUGUCAUGCGCACAUAUGUAAUUGCCCAUCAAUAUAUAACUUCUUCAAGUCCUUACAACAAUAACAUAUGAAAACCCAAAUUAAACACCAAGAAAAAUGUCAUGAAAAUUUAUUUCAUAAGUUCCUUACAAAAAUGGAAUUUUCAUCCUCUCAAAUUCAAUAUCCAAUUUUCAAUUUCCUCCAAGAUCAAUCACCACUAGUAACAUGGAAUGAUCAGCUUUUCUUAGAUGAACAUUUGACAAAUUAUCCAUGGGAAGUUGAUCAACUACCAAGAAGUUCUUCAUUGUCAAACACAAAUUCCUCAAAAUUAAGUUAUCCAUGGAAAGUUGACUCCUCCUGCCAGACGGAGGAUCAUCAAUUACCAAGAAGUUCGUCAUUCUCAGACACUAAUUCCCCGAGAGGAAGUUAUCCAUGGGAAAUUGACCAGAAGGAUUGUGAUCAUAUACUACCAAGAAGUUCUUCAUCCUCAGAUGACACUUAUUCCUCGAAAGAAAACAAUAAUCAUGACGUCGAAGAGGUCACAUCACACAAUAAUCCAACCAAACUACAAGAAAAAAAGCACUACAUAGGAGUUAGAAAGAGACCAUGGGGAAAAUAUGCAGCAGAAAUAAGGGACUCAACAAGAAAUGGAAUUAGAGUUUGGUUAGGGACUUUCGAUACUGCUGAAGAAGCUGCUUUAGCAUAUGAUCAAGCUGCACUUUCAAUGAGAGGUCCAUUGGCUCUUCUCAAUUUUCCAAUGGACAAAGUAAGAGAAUCACUUGAAAAUAUUAAGUAUUUUUGUGAAGAUGGAACUUCACCAGCUACUGUUUUAAAGGCAAAAAAUAAAAUGAGAUGUGUGAAACAUAAGAGAAAUAGGAAGAAGAGGAAGAGGCAAACUGUUUUGGUUUUUGAAGACUUGGGAGCUGACUUGUUAGAUGAGCUUUUGAUGAGUUCAUCUCAGAAUAAUUCUUCUACUUGUUUCUGAAAAUUGCUCUUUCCAGUAGUAGCUCUUUCCAGUAGUACUCUUCUGUGCAUUUUUCAGUUUUAUUUUUAGGCGGAACUCUACGUGUACCUUUGAUAAGAUGUAGAGUCAGCAAUUUUAGUUUAUCUAAAUCACAUUUCUCUUUUA